CUCCGCCAUGUCCACCGAGCCGGCCCCGGCCGCCUCCCCCGCCCCCGAGCAAGCCCCCGGCCCCGAGCCGCCGGCGGGAGGCGGGGAGGCUGCGGAGCACCGGGCGCUGGUGCUGACGGGCUUCGGCGGCUACGAUAAGCUGAAGGUGCAGGCGCGGCGCGUCGGCAGCCCCGGGCCCGGCGAGGUCUCGGUGCGCGUCCGAGCCUGCGGCCUCAACUUCGCCGAUCUGAUGGCGCGGCAGGGCCUGUACGACCGCCUGCCCCCGCCGCCCGUCUGCCCCGGCAUGGAGUGCGCCGGCACCGUCCGCGCCCUCGGCGAAGACGUCCGGGACCGACAGGUUGGAGAUAAGGUAAUGGUCCUGGCUAGGUCAGGGCUCUGGCAAGAAGUGGUGAAUGUGCCAGCCAGUCAAACUUUCCUGAUGCCUGAGGGGAUGAGCUUCGAGGAAGCAGCUGCUCUUCUUGUUAACUACAUCACUGCCUACAUGAUACUGUUUGACUUUGGAAACCUGAGACCAAAUCAGAGUGUCCUCAUCCACAUGGCUGCAGGUGGUGUGGGAACUGCUGCCAUCCAGCUGUGUAAGACUGUAGAAAACGUCACCAUUUUUGGCACAGCAUCUGCUUCCAAGCAUGAGUCACUCAAGGAGAGUGGAGUCUCUCACCCCAUUGAUUACAGAACGAUGGAUUAUGCAGAGGAGGUCCGGAAAAUCUCUCCCAAAGGUGUUGACAUUGUCCUGGACCCCCUGGGAGGAUCUGAUACAUCCAAAGCAUUUAAUCUGUUGAAGCCAAUGGGCAAACUCAUCACUUAUGGAGUAGCAAACCUGCUCACUGGCCAGAAGAAGAACCUCAUGGCUAUGGCUAAAACCUGGUGGAACCAGUUCAGCAUCAAUGCCUUGCAGCUCCUACACCAUAACAAGGCUGUGUGUGGCUACCACCUUGGAUAUAUGGAUGAAGAAGUUGAGCUUGUCAGAGGUGUUGUAGCCAAGCUGGUUAAUCUGUACAGUCAAGGCAAAAUCAAGCCCAAGAUAGACUCUGUAUGGCCUUUUGAUCAGGUGGCAGAUGCCAUGAGGCAGAUGCAAGAGAAGAAGAAUGUUGGGAAAGUCAUCCUGGUUCCUGAAGCACCCAAGGAAGAAUCAAAAAAAGAAGAGAACUAAGGAAAAGAUAUGUGUGCAGAUUAUGAAUCUGUGGUUUAACUUCCUGAUCUUUGGGACCUGGAAAUGGACAGAUCAGUAGCUUCCAUCUUCACCAGUACAGGAACAUCAUGGUUAAAGUUCAGAUGAGGUUUGCAUGCUCUUGUGACUGACCCUUUGCCAGUUACGUUUCCUGCCUCAGCUCUCUCUUUUAAAGCCUGUUUAUUUGGUGUAUUUUUCUCAUCACUUAUUUCUCUACUGACCUUAUUUUUCUUUGGCAGAGCAGCUGAGGCUUCCCAGGCAGUUGGUGAUGAACAACUGCAUAGUCUGUUACUGUAAAGAUCUCAAAUACUGUGGCAGCUGCCAUGAAUCUCCACAGAACCCAAGCCCUGCUGAAGCAUUUGUGCUGUCACCUUCCAAAAGCUGAUUCAGCAGAAUGGGCCAAACUUAGAGCCAGAGGAAAAAGCACCACUGGCCUGUUUUAAUUCUAGCACAGGCUCCUCUUCUGUCUACACUAACCAUGAUCCUUCCCCUCUGCUUCAUAGGCCUCUAACACCAGUCAGAUAGUAACAGGCUGUGUUACUGUGUCUUUGCCAUCCUGGCAUUUAGAAGCCUGUGGCAUUUUGCACUUAAUUUGCAAUCAGCAAAUAACCUGACAGGCUGGUCUGGUCUGUAUCUGAAUCCAGAAAGAAUGUUCCAAUGAAGUAACUUGAUCUUGUCCAUUUUCUGAUUCCAAACUGUACAGGGAGAUCUAAGUUUUGUCUGACUUCUAGAGACCUUAAGGACUCAACUGUGUCUCAGAUGACUGGAACAAUUGAUGUUGGCUCUGUGCUUUAUUAAUGCUGGGCUCCAAGCUGGUGUUGUUAAGGCUAAAACUUCACCCUUGUGUUUGUAUCUCCAAGGGCUGCAAUGUUGAAUCAGACUUCAAGUGGGAACAAAACAAGCCCCUGUUACUGCUUGCCUUGUGCUGUGCCCUGUGUUCUAGGGAGGUGUUUGCAAUUUGGGGACUCACUUGCAAGAACCAAUCCCAUGACCUUGCUUCCCAGGAGCCUGGUCUGGCCCUUUCUGGGGCACACCAUGCAGUAAAGCUCUUACCAGUGUUCAUGGGCAACUGCCUAGCUCUUUCUCAAGCCUCUUGGGCUGGGCAUCUUAAGCAGUUUAAACUGUAUUUCCCAUUCUCUUCUAGAUAUCUGGUUAGACAUCAGCUCAAACCACCUCGUGGUUCAGUGCUGCAGGAUGCCUUGACUCUUCUUCCUCUGAAACUGGAGGUCUUGGGAUCCUUGGGCUCUCUUCCAGCACCAAGAAUUUAGGAACUGCUACUCCCAGACAAGAAGUCAGUUUCCCUUCCUCUUUUCUUUUCUUCUGUGCAUUUGGAAGUGCACAGCUGUGCAGACACUCAUCCCUGGCUCUCUGUGCACUUGAUGUCCUGGGUGCUGCCCCCCUCCUGCUGGAUUCUCUUUUCAGCCCCAAGUGACUGUGGUGCUCUUUGUGCUUGCUUUGAGGCUUUGCCAUGGGCUGUAGCUGCUUUUAGGCUUCAUUUUGGUUUUGAAAAGGUAAAUGUGAGGGCACUGGGAAGAGCUGCUCAUCGGGGAAGAGCUCAGGCUCCAGGAACAGAACCUUGCUGCCAGGAGUCCUGUGAACUGAACCCCAAGGGGGGGCAGGUGCUGGCUGGGUGAAGCCCCUGAGCUGUUCAGGAGCAGCCAAGCACUGCUCAGGGCUGGGGGGUCCUGUGCUGGGCAGGGGUCUGACCUCCAGCUCUGACCUCCAGAAGGGUUUCUGGCUCUCAGUGCAGCUUGGGCUCAGGUGCAUGAGCUCAGUCCCUCGUUCUGCUGCCUUGUAGAAACCCACAGGCACAGCUUUUAGGGGAAUUGUCCUGGCUGACUUUCAGUGUUAAACCAGCUCCACGCCCUACAACCUCAGAUCCUUGUGAGUGCAUCUCAUGAACUUCAGAAACAGAGUCUGAUGAAACUCACAAGGACAACUUUUAACCUUUCUGAACCCAAAAUCUUGCUUUUUCUCCUUCCAGCCUUCCCUGUCAUGGUAAUUUAGAUUAAAUCCAACAGUGUCUAAUGCUGCUUUGCCAGGUCUGAGAACAGAAGGACUGUCUAAAUUGCUGAAAUGGGAAAUCUGGACCUGGUACUCCGAGAAACUUCACCUUGAUGAAAGAGCAGCGUGCUGAAAUGGCACAAACCCUGCACACCUUCAGCUUCUGCACACUCGUAGAGGGGGAAAAUCAGAAAUUGUUUCACAGUAACAUCCUCUCCUUGCUUUACUUUCAGCUAAGCUUGUGCUCAGUGCCUUACUUGGAUGGCCUUGGAUCAGGCAGCAUAGCAAGGCUCUUGGAGUCUGUGCCCCUGGGAGCCUUGAGGGAGGGAGGAGGUUCCUCUGACAUGCUGCCCCUCUGAUACACCACAGCAAACAGUGUCUCAGUGCCUUCUUCUAUGUGCCUGUGAGGACUAAGAAGUCACUGGAGCCUUUUCCAUUCUGGCCUUUCAAAGUAUUGCCAAAACCUUCUUGUGACUCUCGCUGCUUCUGUUUGGUGAUCACUGGUGAUGUAGCAGCCUGACUUACUGUGAAUAAGUCUCUCCCUUUCCCUGUAAUUCAGCUUUUUCCAGGUGGUUCUGUGCUCCCUGGUCCAGCAGAGCUGUUGUAGAACCCUUGUCUCCCCCAGGGCUGCAGUUUGGCUCCAGACAGUCCUUGGGUGAGGUGUUAUCUGCUGCCCCAGCCUUGGCGCUCAGGAAAUAAUCUCAGCUCCCAACUCUGAGUGGCUGCUCCUCUAUCUGCUGUCUCCAAAUUCCUGAAGCCCUUAUCAGAGCACGAGUGCUGAGCAGUUACUGUGUGUUAGCUUUUAUAUCCCCUUGCUAGCAACAAAGUUUUCUAGAGAAAGACCAAGAUUAAAGGUAACCUUGCCCUUCACUGCCUCUCUGAUCAAGGCUCUGCUCUAGCUGGUUGUGGUUGGUUGUUUUCUGGUUGGUUUUUUGGGUUUGGGGGGAUUUUUUUGUUUGUUUGUUUGCUUUUUGGUUUUUUUUAUUUUUUUAAUGGGCAAACAUUUUAUGGGCCAAUAAGUAUAAUACCUAUGUAAACCAACUUCCAAGUGUCUUAACUCAUUAAAGUUAACCAGCAGGUUUGUAUACUAAGGACCAAAGCAAAAACCAAACACUCCCCCUAGGAUAAAAAAAAAACAAAACACAAAACAUUCCACUCAGUGUUGCUUAACUGUUUGUGUCAAAGUUGUGCUCUUGUGGAAAUGGGUGAUUCCUGUGCUGAAGCUGCAUGUGCCAUUCCAGCUAUCAGGAGUGCAGUUUAAAAGUUUAUUUUACUGAUUGCCUGACCCAAAGGUUGUGCCAUAAGGGCUCCAAGGAUGAAGCUUUAUUAAGGAGCUGGUGAGCAGAGAUGUCCCUGGCCCUGCUCAUUGCCCUGGGGUCUGCAGGGACCAGGGGGUGCCUGUGUGAGUCCCACUCCUGCAUCAUUAAUGUAUUCACCUUCCCAGACUGGUACUGCUGGUCUUGGACAAAAUGCAGCUCCUUAGCUAUCACCAGGCAGCUUUUGUCAUAUUUUUGACUCUGGUUUGCUCACUUGCUGCAGAAGGGGAGGGGAAGGGAAGCAGCCUUGGCUUGCACAGAGCCCUGCCAAGUGCUGUGGGACAGGGAAGGAGUUAGCUGUAUGUUUCAUUUGGGACAUCUGUAUUAAACCAGAAUUGACCAAGGAGAAGGAAGAAUCAUUAUGGGCCUUAUGCUUUACUUGGUGCAGGGUCCUGGCCCACUUCCAGCUGCUGUCACAGGUGUAAAACCACUCUUGCUGUCUAAUGAAGUCUCUCCUGUGCCAAGCCUUGGUGAUGGCAAAGUGUGAGUGGCCAGUAGUACAUGAGUGUGAUGUGAGAUGCAUGAGGCUGUGAGCCUCUUGCAGCACCUGGUCUGGUCUGUACUGUCUUUGUGUGGAUUUGCAGGUGUGUGAGAUGAGUGGUGCUCAUCCUACAGGCACAUGAAAAAAAAACCACCUUUGUUUCAAAAAAUAUACUCUGCUUUGUGUGUGUAACCAAGAUGGACAGAAAGCAAGUGUGCCAGUGCUGUUUAUGUGAGUACAAUGUGUAAUGCUCCUCUGUCUGAUGUUACCAUAUGCCUUAUGUGUUUCAAAUGUCAAUUAAAAGCAUAACAAACCCUCUCAA